ACUAUCGACCACGAAUUUGUCAUUAUUCAGCCACAGAAAUUCAAAUUUCGGACAUCCAGAUUUGCCAGUGGGCAAAAGCGCGCAAUCUCGAAAGAGAAACGGCAAAAAUAAUAAAAGAAGAGGAGGAAGAACUAAAAAGCAGAAAAGGGUAAAAGGGUGAUUUCACAGAAAAAUCCCCCAAAUUUAUAAGACAGAAGAAUACAUAGUUGAUAAAUUGAAAAUACAAGCCUACACGACAUUCCUGAUUGUCGUCCAUUGUUGUUGUAUGAUGUGUACCUUCAUUUUAUUCUAUUUUUAUUUUUUCAUUUUACCCCAUGUUCCUUCUUCUCUCAAUCCAUCAUCCUCUCACAUUUAAUUAAUUUUUAUUUCAUUUCCUAAACAAACCAACCACCCAAAACCACCACCCUCCGCCGGGAAACCAACCUCGUAUCCCUUCUUUCCUCCGUGCUACAUCUCCAAAACCUGUUUUCCGCUGCCCAAAACCUUUUUUCUCGUCCCUCCAGCCAUUCUCGUUCCAUUUCCGUUCUGUCUGUUAUUUAUUCUCCGUUGCCGUGGGGUUAGUCGGGGCAGUAGCGUUUUUUUUUACGACUUUGCUAACGUGAGCCGCGAGCGUAGGAUUAGGAACUUACAAAACAAAAAAGGCAGUCGCCUUUGCUUCAAUCUCCAACGUACACGUGUACGGCUAUGGGAGCAGAGUUGGUGGUCACGUGGAACACCUGGGAGGAGCUUCUCCUCGGUGGAGCUAUUCUCCGGCACGGGACCCGAGAUUGGACCGUCGUUGCCGCGGAACUCAAGACCCGAACCGUUUCGCCAUUUAGUUUCAGUCCCGAGGUUUGUAAAGCCAAAUAUGAAGAGUUGCGACAGCAGUAUUCUGGGUGCAUGGCUUGGUUUGAGGAGCUUAAGAAGAAAAGAGUGGCAGAGCUUAAGAGAGACUUGGAGCUAUCUGAAGAAUUAAUCGGAUCCCUUGAGUUGAAGCUUGAAUCCCUUAAGACUGGAAUGGACGAGAAAAAAGUUGAUUGCCAUGUUGAUGAUGGCUCAGUCAGACCCGAAUUACAUGUUCCGUUGGAGAAAUUGGAUAGAGUUGUUCCUUCUGCAAAAGAGAUGUCAAAGGAUGGACUAUCUGCUGGGAGUUUCACACAUGAAAGCCAGACAAACUGGUCUCAUGAAUGUAAGGUUCCAGCAAUGUCGUGUGAAGAUGUGGAGACCAAGCCUGAAGUUUCAGGGUCUACUGAGCAGGAGAAAGUUUUGAAUGUAGAUAAGUCGACUCACACUAUAUAUGAAGGACAGGGAGGGUGUUUGAAAAAACGAAGAGGGAAGAGAAAGAGGAAAGAUUGUGGCAGAAAUACUAAUGAAGCCAGUAUAAGAGAAAGUGAUUUAUCAGCGGAUGUGUGUAAAGAAAGUUCUACCAGCAACUGUGAUGAGAUCGCAAAGUCUCCCGGUACGGAUGAGGCAAAAGCAAACAUGAAAAAGGAUGAAAUAAAAGAUCUGAUGGAGCUCUUGGAUUCUUUUUUGUCAGUUCAAGGUGCUUCUUCCUUCUGUCGUAGGCAUGAUAGUCAGAAGCGAGGAAGAUACAAGAAAACGAUCCGGCAACACAUGGACUUUGACACUAUAAGGUCUAGAAUCAACAAUGGAACAAUCAAGUCCAUGUUGGAACUUAUAAGAGACUUGUUACUAUUGACCAACAAUGCUAUAUUAUUCUACUCCAAGAUCACUCGUGAAUACAAAAUUGCUCUAAAACUGAGAGACCUUGCCAUCAAAACAUCGGCAGAGAAACUUAAGUUUUUGAGCAGUGCCUCCACAUCAUCACCUGUGCCUGAUCCUCAAGUGAAAGUCAGAAGCAUGAGCACAUCACCUGUGCAUGAUCCUCCAGUGAAAGCCAAAAGCAUUACCACAUCUCCUGUGCAUGAUCCUUCAAUGAAAGUCAGAAGCAUGCGCCCCGGUAACCGCAAGAUUGUUGCAAAGGUAGCUGGUGGCAGCAGCUCUGCCGAAAGGGUCUCACUUAGAGCUAAGAAAGAAGCUAAUAAAGUAGAAUCUCCAUCUUCAGUCGAAUCCUUACCCAUCAAGAAGGCUUUUGGUGGUAGAACAAAAAACGUUGUACGUGAAAGUGCAGGUCAGAGACAUGCAACUCCAAGGAAGGGAAGGAAAAGAGGGAAAACAAAGUGAGUAUUUGACCAUCUUAAAGGCUCUCUGUACAAAGGUUUGUUUCCUUUUUUUUGCAUCCAAAAGGAUUAACUUUCGUGCAAACCAGAAGGAGUUGCAGCAUCAGGCAAUGAGCUGGCUAGUUCAAGUAUAUUAUAUUAUAAAUAUCCCUGAACUAUGAAUAAGAAAAGUAGUUAUAAAUUACAGUAACCAAGCUAGACAACAUUUCAAACUGUACUAGGUACUUCUAGUAAAUCUUUUGUAAGUUGUAAAUGCAGAUUUUGUUUUUAACAAAAGAGAAGUAUACUAAUUUAAAUAGACAGAAAGUUAUAAAUUAGCAUAUGCUAGAUGUUUUCUUGGUCCCUUCUGUCAUUAUCUAAAAGGUUUCUUCUGUCAAAUUUAUAUAACACGUGUUAAUAUUUUUAAUUUUAAAAUCAUGAUUUUGUUGGACUCUAAUGCAAUUUGAAGAGUUAACAUGAUCCAAUGGCAAUAAACCACUUGAUUUUGUCUUUGUGCUUGUCUCUAACAACUAGUAUGGAUUUAACCCUUCCAUUUUUUAUUUGUAUUUUAUUCAGCAUUUGUUUAACAAGAUAUGCCCUUGUUGUUGAUAAGAUUUUCCAUGGGGACUUUUGGCUU